AAAUUUUUGCGAACGCUGCCAUCACUGGUCACCACUAGUAGGGAGAAGUCGUUAUGUUUACAUUUCGAAUUUAUACAUUAGAUUAGAAUGGUGAAAAAUGAAAAAUUACUUUAUUUCUUUCAAAUAAUGGUAAAAAAUGGGAUUCACGUGUGUUGUUCCGGGUUGUAAAAGUAAUUACUAUAAGAAUGAACAAUAUGUUUCUGUAUUUCAAUUUCCAAAAGAUGUAGAACUACGAGAAAAAUGGAUCAACGCUAUCAAGAGGGUGAAAAGUUUCAAAGUUACCGCCAACUCUAGAGUCUGUGUAAAACACUUCAGGGAAGAUGACAUCAUUCGAACGACAAGCUUUUAUGAUCAACGAACUGGCCGAACCAUCACAGCAUCACUGCAACGUCCUAAACUGAAAUCUGAUGCCAUUCCAUGUUACUUAUUUCCCGGUUGUCCACCUCAUUGGUCGCAACUGGUGCCGUCUACUUCGCGUUGUGAAAAUGUAGUAAUUAAACGAGAACGAGUGGAAGAAGAGCAUAUAGAUUUCGCGAUCGCUGAAAGUGUAGAAAUUAAACGGGAACCAGUGGAAGAAGAGCAUAUACUAGAUUUCGCGAUCGCUGAAAGCGUCGAAUCCCAUGAAAACUUUCUUGGUAAUACAUCGUAUCAAAAUUUCAACGAAUUUCUCGAUUGUUUGCAAGAAAAUGAGGCAUUCGGUUCCUUCAAUACGUGGUCGAUUGUUCGAAAAAAUGAUUGUGUCAUGUUUCUGUUGAUUCGGAACUAUAACGAUUCUGAUACCGGUCCUGAAAUCAGUAUCGCGGUGACUGUGCAACAAAAUUUAAACGUUAACGUUUUUCAACAUGGAAUCAAGCAAACUGGUAAAAUUGGCCAAUUUGUACCAGGCAGCCGAAUUGAUAAUAUCAAAGUUUUAGAAACUGUAUUGCGGAUGAUAUUGUUCAAAUUCGAUCUCGAAAACAGGCACCUUCAAGAGAGGCAACGUUGAGUAAUAUUUGUAAAUUGCUGGGAAGCUUAUCGGAGUACCUGCCGGAACAACAAUGAAAAAUUAUACAAUUCGCUAUCAAACAGCUGAGUGUAAUUCCAGUUCACAGGAAAUGGGACUUGGAGUUGAAGAAAUUGCAUUUUUGAAUUUGGAAAGAAAAGGCUUCAUGCUAAUGCAAUUUUUGGAAUUUCAAUGCGUCGGAAAGUUGAAAAAUGAACAUUCUCCGAAGUAUUCAGAAUUUGAAAUCGAUUUUCACAAAAUGUAUCAAAAUUGGAAAAUUCUCCUGGUGUGCUGCGUUUUUUUGGAUGCCAGAAAUUUGAAAAAUUUUCACUGGAUCUUGUUUCAAUCUUCUACAUUUCAAAUCCCUCUUCGUUCCUGCAAACUGAAAAGCUUAACUUCAAUAUUCAUCGUUUUAAUACCUGUACUCACUGUUGAAUUAUCCUAAAUUUUUUACGUUUUCUUUGCAUGAAUUUAUCGUAAUUUUUCUAGUUUUCAAUUUUUUAAUGAGUUUAUGUUCAACAUUUUGAAUGUUCGGGUAAAUAAAAAUCAGAUUAUAUGCAGUA